AUGGAUGAAACCAUCAAACCAACCUGUACACCAGACAUUGGUACACCUAAAACAGGUACACCUAACACAAAUACACCUGAUACAGGUACACCAGACAUUGGUACACCUAAAACAGGUACACCUAACACAAAUACACCUGAUACAGGUACACCAGACAUUGGUACACCUAAAACAGGUACACCUAACACAAAUACACCUGAUACAGGUACACCAGACAUUGGUACACCUAAAACAGGUACACCUAACACAAAUACACCUGAUACAGGUACACCAGACAUUGGUACACCUAAAACAGGUACACCUAACACAAAUACACCUGAUACAGGUACACCAGACAUUGGUACACCUAAAACAGGUACACCUAACACAAAUACACCUGAUACAGGUACACCAGACAUUGGUACACCUAAAACAGGUACACCUAACACAAAUACACCUGAUACAGGUACACCAGACAUUGGUACACCUAAAACAGGUACACCUAACACAAAUACACCUGAUACAGGUACACCAGACAUUGGUACACCUAAAACAGGUACACCUAACACAAAUACACCUGAUACAGGUACACCUGAUACAAAUACACCAGACAUUGGUACACCUAAAACAGGUACACCUAACACAAAUACACCUGAUACAGAUACACCAGACAUUGGUACACCUAAAACAGGUACACCUAACACAAAUACACCUGAUACAGGUACACCAGACAUUGGUACACCUAAAACAGGUACACCUAACACAAAUACACCUGAUACAGAUACACCAGACAUUGAUACACCUAAAACAGGUACACCUAACACAAAUACACCUGAUACAGGUACACCUGAUACAGAUACACCAGACAUUGAUACACCUAAAACAGGUACACCUAACACAAAUACACCUGAUACAGGUACACCAGACAUUGGUACACCUAAAACAGGUACACCUAACACAAAUACACCUGAUACAGGUACACCAGACAUUGGUACACCUAAAACAGGUACACCUAACACAAAUACACCUGAUACAGGUACACCAGACAUUGGUACACCUAAAACAGGUACACCUAACACAAAUACACCUGAUACAGGUACACCUGAUACAGAUACACCAGACAUUGGUACACCUAAAACAGGUACACCUAACACAAAUACACCUGAUACAGGUACACCAGACAUUGGUACACCUAAAACAGGUACACCUAACACAAAUACACCUGAUACAGGUACACCAGACAAAGGUACAACUGAAAAAGGUACACCAGACAUUGGUACACCUAAAACAGGUACACCUAACACAAAUACACCUGAUACAGGUACACCAGACAUUGGUACACCUAAAACAGGUACACCUAACACAAAUACACAUACAGGUACACCAGACAUUGGUACACCUAAAACAGGUACACCUAACACAAAUACACCUGAUACAGGUACACCAGACAUUGGUACACCUAAAACAGGUACACCUAACACAAAUACACCUGAUACAGGUACACCAGACAUUGAUACACCUAAAACAGGUACACCUAACACAAAUACACCUGAUACAGGUACACCAGACAUUGGUACACCUAAAACAGGUACACCUAACACAAAUACACCUGAUACAGGUACACCAGACAUUGGUACACCUAAAACAGGUACACCUAACACAAAUACACCUGAUACAGGUACACCAGACAUUGGUACACCUAAAACAGGUACACCUAACACAAAUACACCUGAUACAGGUACACCAGACAUUGGUACACCUAAAACAGGUACACCUAACACAAAUACACCUGAUACAGGUACACCAGACAUUGGUACACCUAAAACAGGUACACCUAACACAAAUACACCUGAUACAGGUACACCAGACAUUGGUACACCUAAAACAGGUACACCUAACACAAAUACACCUGAUACAGGUACACCUGAUACAGAUACACCAGACAUUGGGUACACCUAA